CAUCAAUCAUUAUGCCAGUCAAGGCGGGGAAUACCAGACAAACCGUGGCGUUGUAGCUCACGUCCAGGCUCUGCUCAAGGGAACUGCCCUGUUGCCAUGUGACUUAACCGCUGCCGCACCGAAUGAUUCCGUUGUUCUUGUGGUUUGGUAUAAGGAUGAACAUACUCCAAUUUAUAGUUACGACACCAGGGGUGGUCACGCAACGCUGGCGAAACAUUGGCAAGACGCGAGCCUUGAAUCCAGGGCUUUUUUCCGGACGAUGACUGAACCCUCCACCCUGAGCGUUGACAACGUCGGUGAAAAGGAUGAAGGCGAGUACAGAUGCAGAAUUGAUUAUUUGAAAUCGCCUACGAGGAAUUCCAGAGUUACUAUGCAGGUUGUAGUUCCUCCACAAAAGCCAACAAUUAUAGACGAUAAUGGUAAAGAAGUGCCCACACUAGCAGGUCCUUAUGAAGAAGGUGGUGAUAUGAAACUUACAUGUAUUGUAACUGGAGGCAACCCGGAUCCGGUGAUAAAGUGGUGGCGUGAGGGCAAACUCAUCGAAUCUACCGAAAAUCGUUCAGGUUUCGAAAAUGUUCGAUCCAAUCAGCUUAUCGUUCGUAACUUGCAGCGGUCCGAUCAACAUGCAGCUUUUACAUGCCAAGCCUCCAACAACAACAUCAGUCAACCGGUGUCAGCAACCACAUCGAUAGAGAUAUAUUUUCGGCCUCUAACUGUGGAAAUAUUAAUCAGCAAUAAUCCGUUCUCUGCAGAUAGAAAAUACGAGAUUCCCUGCCAAACGUUUGGUUCCAGACCACCGGCGAAAAUAAGCUGGAUAAUGGAUGGAAAAGAGUUGGUUGCACCUAAAUAUAAUUCUACACAUACGGAAUCCGACGAUGGAAACUCAACUACUUCAAUCCUCUCAUUCGUACCCAGCCGCCUCGACAACGGACGAUCACUUACGUGUAGAGCAUCCAAUCAUUUGGUCCAAAAUGGCGUCGGGGAACAUACCGUGAAAUUGAACGUUUUCUAUGUGCCCAUUCUCCACCUGUCUCUGGGCUCCAACCUCAAUCCCGACGACAUAGAAGAGGGAGAUGACGUUUAUUUUGAAUGCAAAGUGAACGCCAACCCUUGGGCAUACAAAGUACUCUGGAAGCACAACGGUCAAGUGAUGCAGGCCAACCAGAAGGGCGGCGUCAUCAUGAGCACGUUGGCGCUGGCCCUGCAAGGUGUGACCCGCAGCCAAGCGGGGAAUUACUCAUGUGUGGCCUCGAACGUCGAAGGAGAUGGAGACAGCAACACAGUCGACCUGAAAAUUAUGUACAAACCAAUUUGCCGUUCGGAACAAAAACGCAUCUACGGCGUAGCCAAAAUGGAAAAAGUGAAAGUAUUAUGCGAAGUCGAAUCGUAUCCCCCACCCGACAAUUUCAAAUGGCUGUUUAACAACUCGGCAGAGUCCACGGAAGUUCCUGCAACAAAAUUCAAAACAGGCCUACACCGGUUCGUCUCCACCCUCAGCUACAACCCCGUUAACGAAAUGGACUACGGCACUGUGAUGUGUUGGGCUAGUAAUUUGGCCGGCAAACAGCAGGAGCCUUGUAUAUUUCACAUUAUUCCUGCUGGGAAACCGGAUCCGCCAUAUAAUUGUACCAUAGUUAAUAUGACGAAUGAGUCCCUGGAGGUUGAGUGCAGUGAAGGAUAUGAUGGUGGCUUACCUCAACAUUUUCUUCUAGAAGUUUACGAUUCGACGACAGGCGUUUUAUUAGCAAACGUAUCAGCUAAAUUCCCUGUUUUCAUUGUCAGCGGUCUAGAUCCUGGAAAAAUGCUGAAAAUGAUCAUCUAUGCUUCAAAUUCUAAAGGACAAAGCGAGCAAGUGCCUUUGGAUGGAUUUACUUUGAAUAUUGCUGAAAAACAAACUGUCCUCUCGUUGGGAACCAGAGACCAAAUGGAAAUCGCGCCCAUCUUAGGGAUUCUCGUUGGCAUUGUAACAGCCCUUCUUCUCGUAACAGUAGUCAUCUUAGGUGCGAUGAAAAUUCGAGCUGCUCGUCGAGAGGGAUCAAGGGGCCCUUAGGCCGGCAUUCUUUAGCGCGAAGGAUAAAGUCAACUUGCCUUUGAGAUCGGAAUCCGAAGAUCUAUUCGACAAAGAUGAUAAGAAUCCGGAUGUUAUACCUAAUAACAAAGAUUCCGACUACCAGCUGGGUUCGGCCUUGCAAACUCCGGGUCUGAAUAAUUCAGUGACCUCUUCUUCUGAAUAUGAGACGGCAACCGCUGUUGGGGCAACAGGGAUGUCGGGGAUAGCGGCAACGGCGAACGCGACCGCCGCCCCUCAGCAACCGCCGCUCGGGCCCCUUCAGGAGGCCUACAUGGCUCGAGACAGGAGUUUUCCACCGCAACACGCUAAUAACGAAGUAACCUACGCCGAAUUAGCACACGCGAGGCCCAACUCCCUAGAGCCCAUCACAAAUGGCGGUAACCAGUAUGGCACGCUUCAAAACAGAGACGACCCUACAAUUUACGCCCAAAUCGACCACUCCAGGAGGCCACCGCCGGUGAAAACAUCUCCGAUGAUCUCUCCCGCCUCAGCCAUCUUUCCUCACAAACAAGGGAUCUACCACAGGGAGGUAGUGACCGUGAGGACGCCGCUGAUGGGCUGCCAGCAAGAAAGUUGUGUAUAAAGUGUCUUUAGGGAUGUUGUUGUAAAUAUGGACGAGUAUGGAGGUGUCUCUAGUGCGUUGAUUCCGGAAAAGGGAAGUGAGAUUAAGAUUUUGAAUAAUUUUAAAUUUGUAGAGGUUAAAACUAUGAAAAACGGUUUAUGUAACUUGGAAAUUUGAUAGUUGAUAUGUUAUAAAUUAGAUACCUUUUUGGUAUUUGGUAAAUAUAAUUACAAGGGUUAUAGCUGGUUGCAAAGAUGUUCAUUCAAAUUUAGAGCUGACGGAGCUCGAGAGAAGUAGAUAAAUAAAUGUCUGAAUGACUAAAACAAACUUAAAUUUAUAAUCCAAAAUGAUAUCGCUAUAUUAGCAUCUAUUCAAUAAAUUCAAUUCAAUCAGAUUUUGAAUACCAAUUUUCAGCAUCUUGUAGAACUUGGGAAUAUAUUUUCAUGGAAUCAAGAGGUAUUCCAGAUUACCAAGAACUACAGAUAGUACAGUCAAAAUGUCAUAAAAAUUCCCUUGACCCUAGGAAAAAUUGCAAGACAAAUUAUUAUUUUUGCAUUAUUCCCCCAUUAAUCAUGGCCCAGUAAAUUAAUCAAAAUCCAAGAUGGCGGCUGAAUUUUUUAUUUUUCCUUAAAAAAUUUGAUAUGAUAUUAUUUCAAUAAAAUUUGGCUGAAAUGUUUAAAAAUUGUAGAUAAAAUUAUAAAAAAAUAAUAUUGACUUUACUUCAUUUUCGUUUUUAAUUCUUUCCUAGCAUACACAGUCCCUUUCUUAUACCAUACAAAUCUAUAGCCAUGAAUUUUAAGAAUUUUGGCUUCAUUAUACAACAUCCGGACACUCUUUAGUAGAUCUUCAUUAAUGUAUAUUAUUUUGCUCUCAUCAUCAUUCUAGUGUAUCUAAUUUUAUCGUUUUCUUCAAUUCCAAUAAUUUAUCUCUGGUUGACUUUUCU